AUGGACGAAGACGAGAAGCUUAAGGAACGUCGUAGAUUGCGUGAGGAAAGAAGAUUACGCGAGGAGGAGGAAGAACGACGUCAAGAGGAGGAGAGACUAAAAAAGGAUGAGGAGCGCAAGGCCAGAAGAGAACAACGCGAUCGCGAGAGAAAGGACCGCGAGGAGAAGCAGAAGCAAGAGCUGGAGGAAUACAUGAAGAAGGCCGAGGAGGAGAGAAAGGCAAGGCGCGACGAGCGCGAGAAGCGCCGUUUGGAGGAGGAAGCUCGUCUGGCCGAGGAAGAGGAGCGCAGACGCAAGGAGCGCGAAGAACGCGACAGGAAGCGCAAGGAGGAGGACGAGGAGAAGCGUCGCAUCAAACAGCGCGAGAUCGAGGAGGCCAAGCGCAAGAUUCAGAAGGAGCUCGACGAGGACAGCAGCAGCGGCAGCGACGCCGACUCCCAGAUCGACAACGUGCUCUCCAUCAAGAAGAAGAGACUCAGCGCCAAGCAGACAGUCGAAACCAUAGUGCAGAGCGUCAGCGCUGAAAACAGCCAAUUGACCAAUGCCGGCGAGUCUGUCGUCGCCAUGCUGUUCACAGACGAUCUCAAGGACGACAUCAUGGACCUGAUUCAAAGCGGCUUCAAGCCGCUCACCGACUACCUAUCGCUGCCCGAGACCAUGCUCUCGAUGAUGCAGAUCGUCGUCGACGUCGAGCUUGGCUCCAUCGUCUACGACGCCAAACCCGAGUUUGUGGCCGACACAGCCUCGCCCGAGCUCAGGAAUGGUCUUGCACGCCUCACUGCCUCCUUUGAGAUAUUGAAGGGCGCACUGUCUUCGGUUCCACGCACGGUGGCCGACCCCGGCAACUCAUAUAUUCUCGACGCGCUGUUUGAGGUCAUCCAGUACCAGCCACCUCUGCCCGUGUCCAACCUGCACUCAUUCACAGAGCUGGCAAUGUCACUGCUGUCGCGCAAGCCCGAGGUGCUCGUCUAUAUCUGCGAGCACAGCGACACUAUCCUGCAGUCGUUGAUGCUGCAUAUUGGCUCCAUGGAGAUCAUCGACCUGCUGCUCAAGAUGGUCGAGGUCGAGAUGCAGUUGUCGACGACCGGAGGCUCAACCAACUUCUUUGGCGCGUUCUCGUCAUCGUCGGCGACGCCAGCCGCGGCGUCCAAGGAGAAGCCAUCAUGGACAAACGACCUCACAGUCUACAUCAUUCUCAAGCUGAACGAAAUCUUCAAUCCAGAGCAGCUGAGCGAGAAUCUCGAGACAGAGAUCGAGAAUAUUACACGCCUUAUUGUCGAGAUCGUCAAGAGGUACUCCAAGUCCAAGGUUGCGCAUCACUUCUGCGGCCAAUCAUUCUCAAACGCAUUGCUCACCAACGCAUUCCGCGUCGUGCUCGAGAACGACUUGACCUCGUUCACGCCAUCCUGCUCAAUCAUACAGCUGGUGUCAACGAUGAUCGAGUUCAGCUCGAUCACAGUCAAUCCACAAUCACAGGACCUGGCACCAAUCAUCAAUUUGAUGUUCAAGCCGCUGGUGGUGCUCAGCGACGGCCGCGAGAUGACCGCCAUCGAGGCAAUCAACGAAAUCCUCUCCGUGCCCGACUUCAACCAAUCGCUCGGACUCAUUCGCCUCAAGUGCAUCAAUCUGGUUCAUUCGCUGGUCAAGGCCAACGUACCCAAGCUGGACAAGGCCAUCUGGGAGUGUGGCAUUCUGCGAAAGUGUGUCGAUAUGUUCUUUGAGUUUGAGUCCAACAACAUCAUCCACUGCUCCGUCGAGACGCUGCUGACUCCGCUCAUCCAGCGCAGUCUGGGCUCAGAGGACGAGGAGUUUAUGUAUCACCUGCUCAAGGACUGCGAGUUUGUCAGCCGCUCAGUGUUCAUCUUGGGCGAUACAAAGAAUAUCAACAACAACUCAAACAACAAGACCUUGCUGCAGCAAGCCGUCCAGGCCCAGAUCACAGCACAGCAACCCGUUGCCGUUGCAGUGGCACCGGUCGAGGAGCCAGCAGCGGCACCCGUCAACACCUCAUCCAGAUCGGUCCGCUUUGCAGACAGCGAGCCAGUGGUGUCCAAUGGCACAUCAGCAGACACUCCCGCUGAGCCCCAGAAGAAGCCUAGGCUCAGGAGAAAGGUGUCGUUUGCUGAGGAGCCCGAGGAGGAGAAGCCAAAGAGUGCUUUGGAGUCGUUGUUCUUCAGACCACCACCAGCCCCACCCGCCGAAGAGGUCGUCGUUGAGACGCCCAACAAUGCCGCCGACACCACAAGCGACACCUCAUCCACUGGCUCUGACGUGUCAGUUGGUUCAGACAUCACAUCGUCGAGUGGUUCCAUCCCUACAUCAUCUGCUGCCGCACCACCAUCUGCCGCCGCCACAAACGACUCAGUCGCCUCAGAGGACAAGAAGGAGAGACGCAAGAAGCACAGGGAGGACUCUGAGAGCAGGGAGCACAGGAAACACAGGGAGCAUAGAGAGCACCGUGAGAGCAAGGAUUUGCGCGAGAGCAAAGAGUCCAAGAAGAAGUCCAAGAAAUCUUUGGAGGAGCUCGCCGCUGAGAAUGGACUCGUCAAUCCAAAUGGCGAGCCACUGACACCCGAGCAGGAGAAGGAGCUCAAGGCCCUCAGGAAGAAGGAGAAGGAGGAGCGAAGGAAGAGACGUGAGGAGAGGAGGACCCGCAGGGCUCAGAAGGAGGCCAACGGUGAGGCCUUGACCGAGUCCAAGGAGGAGGGCGAGGGCGACGAGAAAAAGAAGAAGAAGAAGCAUAGGAGCAGCCACAGCGGCAGCAGCAGCAGCAGGAAGGAGCGACACAGCAGCAGCAGCAGCAAGAAGGACACCAACAACUCAUCCGUAGACAAUACUGCCUCUGGAAAUGAUGAUGUCAAGGGUGUGGAGACUACGCUCAGCGUUGAGGUCAGUGGCGAGAUGACCACCGACACGACCCAGCCAUCGAACCUGCCAGCUUGGGCCACCUCGCUCGACUCAUUCAUCAGCGAGGGCAAUGCCGAGGAGGAGGAGGUGCUCUUCCCCGAGGUGUCAAAGCUCUCUCUGAACGACUUUGGCAUUGAGGGAGGCGAGAUCUUGGAUUCACUGUCAACACUUGUGCCGGUCGACCAGUCACACGAGCAACAGGAGGCGCAGCAACAGCACGAGCAACAACAACACGAUUUCACCAGUACAACCACAACGGAUAAUUGUAACAAUAAUGGCAACGACAGCAGCAACAACAACAGCAGCAGUAGUUGUAGUAAUAAUGUAGAUAAUAGUAGCAGCGAGCAGCAGCAACAGCUGGCAGUGGAGGAGGUGGCCAAACCAAAGAAACUGUACCAAAACGUCGGACACAUCCUCUCACUGUGUAUAGAGAUCACGCACAUCGUCAACAAGAGCAAGAAUCAUUUCCUUCGCGAUGUUGUCGAUGAGUGCUGUGGCGAGGGCGACUGGGACGUCAUUGUGGUGCCCAAGCUCAAGAAGGAGAUAUCCUACAGGAACACCAAGCCCAUCGGCACGGUGUCGAUGCGUAAGGGCAAGGGCAAGCCAACGUUCCAACUCGUGGAGAUCCAGCCCGUCACCUCCACUGGAGUGCCAAUCGCCCCAACCGAGACCUCAUCCAAGUUCUUCUUCUAA